AUGAGCACCAGCACCGCGGCCAGGAAUCUGUUGGCCUACCUUCUUUUGGUGGUGCUGGCAAUCCUGCCCCACGCGACGAUGGCGCGUAGUUACGAAAAACAGACGCUGCGCAAGGGCAAAUCGGCCCAAGUUAUGGCAUCCGCCCCGACGAUCACCACCCCGCUGAUGGACCUGUGCUCGGAGGACAUCAACAUGAAGCUGGCCUGCCACUGUUCGCCCGAAACGCACGCGAAAGCGCAGAAAGCGUCCUGCUCGAUCUUCGACGGUGAGCUGCCGCGCAAGGACUACAACUGGCUCGCGUUCCACACGCAAACCGAGCUGGAGCACGUCAAGUUUACGGUGCGCAAGUCCGGCAACCUGACCUACAUCCCGUCCGACGUGAUCGGGACGCUCGCAAAGCUGCGCACGCUCACGAUCGAGUAUGGGAUCAUCAGCGACAUCUACCCGUUCGCGUUCGGCAACCUGACCGAGCUGCGGGUGAUCAACCUGCCGAACAACCAGAUCGUGACGCUACACGCGAACGCCUUCGCUAACCACCGGGCGCUCGAAGAGCUGAUGCUGGAGAACAACUACAUCAAAAAGAUCGACCGCGAAGCGUUCAUCAACGUGCCGAAGCUGAUCAAGCUUAACCUGGCCAACAACAGUCUGGUGAACCUGCACGACAACGGCUUCGAGGAGCUGACCAAGCUGGAGGAGCUGCGCCUCGAAGCGAACCGCAUCACGGUGCUGGCCCGCGAGUACUUCAAGGGGCUGGAGAACCUCAAGAUUCUCAAACUGUCCUACAACGAGGUCCAGUACAUCGGUGCGCUCGUGUUUGCCGAUCUGUGGAGCCUACAGAUGCUGUUCCUGGACAGCAACAAAAUAGAGAAACUCGACGAGCGUGCGUUCGUCGGGCUGACCAGUCUCAACUAUCUGCACCUGGAGAACAAUCGCAUCACGACGAUUGACAGCGCCACGUUUACCAGCGUUUCGGCGCUGCAACUGCUCAACCUGGACUCCAAUCAUCUCACAACCAUGACCUACGGCCACAUCGUCCCGCUGAUGGACAAUCUCGUCAACAGCAGUGCGCUCCUCUCGUUGCGAGAAAACCGAUUCAUCUGCGACUGCCGGCUGUCGUGGAUGUACGACCUGAGCGAGCGGACCCGCAACGAGGAGCUGCGCGAGAGCCUCAAGUCGGUCGAGUGCGUGAUGGGCCAGACGACCGAGGAGCCGCCCCGUUCGCCGCAGGCCAGCCAGUACGACUUCGGGCAGGUGGACGACGACGGGGACUACAUCGACGACUCGGCCAGCGAGAACGACGCGCUGGCCCACGACGCGCCCCAGAUCGUGAACGUGCUGAAGCUGGGCCGCGAAGAGCUGCCUUGCCCGGAAGAGCUGGCCGGGCCGACCGGCGAUCCGAACCCGCGCGAAUCGAAGGGCCUCUUCAACCUGCCUUGGAACAACUCCGCCGCCGGCAUCCAGCGGCACUGUAGUAGCGGCUCCAUCUGGCUGGCAACCCUCGCCACGCUGUACGCCCUUCGCUCGUCCACGUCGAUGUAG